AUGGAUUUAAACAAAGACGACCCUACCCUGCGUUGCCAGGCAAAAACGAAAAGUCCUCAAAAAAACACGAGAGAUUCAGACGUUCACGCGGACGACUCAACCAAGCGAGGUCAGAGAGAGGCGCCUUCUUCGCCAGAAUCUGCUAUUUCGGAGAAAAAUGUUCAAGAAAUUUAUCCCUGGAUGAAGGAAUUUCGUUCUAAAGGUACGAAGCAGUUUUCAAAGUUUUUAUUCUUUGCACUUUUGUCCGGAAAACGUAUCUUGGAGAGUCAGAAGUGGGUGUGGGGCAAAUGAAACCCCUUUCGCUUGUUGAACAUAUUCGUCUACCGAUAUUUCUUAUAAUCUACUGCCAAUAGUUCUCGAAUAUUGACCGAUGCCCUAGGCUGGAUUUAGUUGCGGAUGUUUUGUCACUUCAAAGUUCGUUUAUUGUGGAUUAACGGAGAAGAAUGGUUCGUAUAAAGCAACCGCCAACAUGGCGCUACUUUCUUUGUUAGGUCGUUUGACUCUGCUUUAGAAGGUGCCAAGCGCACUAUUUUUUAAUCAUACUGCAAACAAUUCACUUAUUUCUACUGAAAAAAGCUCGCAGAAAAGAAUUUUAAAAUAAGAUUGUAUUGUUAUGCUAACAUUUAAAACCGAUUUUUCGUUCUUUCAAGGCGAGGCGUUCACACUUCGUUGGCGCCGGUGAGAAAAAGGUACAUCGAGUCGCCAUGUUAAAAAAGUGUUGUUAAUCCCUCGGUUCUUGCUGUGAAGCUUCCUAAAUCUCCCUCAAAUGUCGUAAUUAACCACAAAAUACUCUCUUCUCAGCCUUUCCAAAGAUGUUGUGUGAAUGUUGCAAGAUCCGCUAAUGCGACAGUAUAUUUCGUUUAGCUGCUGUUCUUGUUUGUACAUAUCUCUAAUCCGCAAGUAUUUCAGUGUUCUAUCUAACUUGAACAAGACCUCUAUUCUUUUCUCUAGAACCGUUGAAAACAGAAUAAAUCUUGAGAUUCUGAUACCACCCGGCAUCUAGUUUUUUCUUGUUUUCAAACGAAUUUAUUCGCAGCCUAUUCAGAGACGAAUUCAUGAUGCACGGUCGAAAUGGAGCGUGCGUUGCUUUCUUCUAGUACGAGUGGACGAUAACCGCGAAUUUCAGUGAUCGAAAUUACAAUGAUGGGACAAUUUUAAGUUCAAGAAUUUUUCACUUUUAUGUGUAUUAGAAUACGUAAUAGUUUUUGUUUUUCAUAGCUGGUAAAAUCGGUGAUACCUUGGAGAAAAAACAUCUACAACAAUUUGCCUGAGUUAAUCAGUCUAUGUUAUUAAAAUUAUCCAAAGGGCAAGAUCUUAGAACGGGAUACUUGUAAAUAUAAGAACCUCUUUACUAUUUUUAAGAAUCUUGUAAAUUGUAAGCAUCACUCGGCAAUUCAAAGGUAAAGAGAACACCUUCUGAUCCUUGCUUGCUAUUUCAGUCCAACGAAAAGCAAACGCUGCUCUUUUUCUUGCGGAGCGCUUUUUCUCGUAACAUUAUCCUACAUAAAUUUCAAUCUCUACCUCUUAUUUGUAAUACUCAGCUCUAGAAAGUUGUUGCAUCUAUCAAAAGAUUUGAUACAUUUUUCUUUGUUGGAGAGUGCUGACGAUCCACUUGUAUCAAAUCGGGCCACGCACACGUAAACUACCCGCUAUUUUUCCACGUUUGGAAUGUUUAAAUUGGGUUGUUUAAACUGAAAUUCAACUAGUGGCUUUUUUCUAAAGAUACAAGUAUCGGAGCGGGGAAGUUAACCGCAGUAAUUUCUAUUUUGUAGCAGUAUACAUGCGUUGUGUUCAGUUUUGGCGAAUUCCUCCCUUUCGCUCCAUAGGCAUCUUCCAGUCGGCAGCCAUCAAUGAAUGCCAUCGAAGCUUUUCAGAUUCCCACGGCUGAAAUGAUUAAAUAUGAGCUUGUAAAUGAAAGUUUAGCAGUACUUAUCUAAUGCACCUAUGGUCAUGCUGGAGACGUUUGGUUUUUAUAGUGACCUUGAGUCUUACGGGUGUAAAUGAUUUUAAAAAACUUGAAAGGCUAAAGAUAAUAACCAUGUCGAGGAUCAUUUCCUGUGUGAGUGCUGUGUUUAUUGUACAGUUCGCAGAGGCUCUUCCUGAUUGAAUCACAUUUUACGCUUACGUAGGAUUAAACAACGAGUUUUUCUUUCUAUCCCAAAGGAGCACCACAGGAAAAAGACGACAAGAACAGGACAAUCUACUCCACAAGGCAGCUAGUCGAGCUGGAGAAGGAAUUCCACUACAAUAGGUAUCUAUGCAGGCCGCGGAGAAUUGAAAUCGCACAAUCUCUUGGACUUACAGAAAAACAAGUGAAAAUAUGGUUCCAGAACCGGCGAAUGAAAUGGAAAAAGGAAAACAAAGUCGUCGAGAAAGCAUUGGAGAAUGAAAUUCAAGAGAGAGUGAGACAGUUGAGCGCUCAAAAUCCAAACGGCUAUGGAAGUUUAACAAUGAUGAACAAUGUGAACACUCAGUACGCGAAUUCCCUCAGUGAAGUGAACUCUUUCCAGCAAACGAGGGGGGGCUACGGGUUUCCAUCCCCCAUGCAUACCUACAAUGGCGGAUUUAUGGACUUACAAAGGCCGCUGUGGAGUCAGGGUCCACUACAACAUUACUAA